GUUUCCACAGCGUGUGGUUAGCACAGUUCGCAUAGUAUCUAGAGUUCUCACUAUGGGGUCAGUUCGGUCAGUAUUUGUGUUUUUUGCACUGGUUUUGCUUCUCACAUGGACGGACAUUUCUGCACAGUCCAGUUGUUUUAUGAAGUCGAACACUAGCUGCACGGAGUGUGUGUCCAAUAUCACAUGUUUAUGGUGCACCCAGACUCGGCAGUGUUUGGAUUACCCGGUGAAGACUGUCUUGCCUUCACACAGUUUGUGUCCCCUUAAUGAUGCACGCUGGGGCAACUGCUGGGUAAACUUCCAGGCUCUUAUCAUUACGAUGUGUGUGAUUGGGGGUGUGAUCAUCAUCUCAGUGCUCAUUUGCUGCUUCUGUUGCUGCAAGUGUGAGAACAUUGGAUCUAAGCGUACAGAUGAGCGUGUGGAGAGAGAGGCUGAGGUCAGACGAGUCAGACACGAGGAGAGAAAAGCAGAGAUGAGAUCAAGACACGACGAGAUCAGGAGGAAAUAUGGUCUGAUGAAGGAGAACCCAUACUCAAGAUUUGAGGACAACUAACACACACACACAAACACACACACACAACUAUACUACUGACACACGUAUCCUCGGCUGAAGCGGUGUGAAAUCUCUCUUAUAUGAAGAUGAUGAUUAUGUAGAUGUGACGAUGAUGAUAAUAAUGAUGCCUCCAUGACACAUUUCUCUGUGUGAAAGAUAGCUCUCACAUUUUGAUGUACAUAAAGAUGUUUGAUUAUCUCACAGUGUUGAAAAAUAGAGAGAUAUUUUGAGAUAUUUUAUGGACAUCUUUACACUAAACAUUGUUUAAAAGAGAAGAUCCAAUCAGCUGUAGGAAUACUGAUCACAUGACCUACUUUAAUCAUCUGAUCUACAGUUCUCCACCCCUCUCUCCUGACCAUUGCCUUUCACUUUGCUGUUAAUAUUUUAAUAUCUUACUGAAAGACUCUUACAUUUCUCUCUCCGUGUGUGUAUGUGUGUGUGGAUUAGAUUAGAUUAGAUUAGAUUUAACUUUAUUGUGAUUACACAAGGCAACCAAAUGCAGUUUGGUUCAAACCAGUGCAAAGCAGCAGUGACUUAUAGACAUGUGUCGUGUGUGUGUGUGUGUGUGUGUGUGUGUGUGUGUGUGUGUGUGUAGGGCAUGAGGCGGGGCUAUCCACUAUGACCAACUUUCUUCAAUAUGUACGUUAACAAGGCAUCAAAGGCCUAUGAGCCAUGAAGCAGACAGCAAAUGAGAUUAGAAAGAAACUGAAAACUUUCUACACUGCUGAAGAACUUGAAGGAAAACAAUAUGAGAUUUAAACCAGUCACAGUAAAACCACAUUAUGAGGCUAUUCAACACAUCCACACUACUACUCCAGGUAUUGUAAAGAGAACAGAGGCACGUGUCACUCUGACUGCAGAGGUCAGUGAUCUCGUCAGUAAAAGACUUGAGAACUUUAGAAAGGAAGCAGUUGCAGUGAUAGGGAUUUCGUUAAGAAAAUGUUCCACAGGUUCUAGGUCGCAACUACCUGAGGUUUCUCUGGUGGGAGGAUGGACAGUUGGAAACUGGACCACCGGAGUCAGACGGUUGACAGUCCACCUCUUUAUCCUCCCCUGGACUUACAUAUCUAUCACAAAGCCAACUAGACAUUAGCCUCAACUUUUGUGGAAAAGAAUCUUUUGAGACUACAUGCUAUGCUGCAAGAAAUGAGAGCAUCACCUUCCCAAGCAGGACCUUCCUGAGUCCCUCCAGGCCAGGUGGACAGCCCUGCCCUCAAAGGCCACAGUGUUUUUUGAGCACCACUGGACACCCAGCAGUGACCAUAACCUGCUGUAACCUACAUCACCACGCUGCUUUGGGACGAUUAUUUUGUUAAAAUAAAUUCUCUGGAUGAUCAGUAGUUUAAGUGUGUGAUGGAGAUUUAUCUGUAUGAGUAAAUGAAACAAAGGUCAUCUUACAGGUGUGCCUGAUGAUGUCAUGGAGUUUGAGUUGACGUCAGUGUGUGCUUUGUUGUGUUGAAAGCUUGUUAAUAUAUGGGUGUGUGUGUGUGUGUGUGUGUGUGUAAUGGUGUUGUAGACUGUGUUUGACUGCAGUUACUGUAAUUGUAGUGCUGAAGUCUACAAUUUGUGCUUUAGGAAUGUGUGUGUGUGUGUGUUGGGGGGGUGAGAGAGAGUUUGUGUGUUUCAGGAAUUGUAUAUUCUGGUCACAUUACAAAGGACAGGUGGACACGAUUAAAGGAGUCAUGAGCUGGGAAAAACAGGAAAUGGAGAUUAGCUGAUUUUUAUUUAAUAAAUCUCAUCAUAACUGAUGUCAUAUAUUUAUUUCUCCACAUUUUGAUUAGUCAUGUCUUCAUCUUUCUGUAUUCGAUCAUGUCUGGCCAUUUCUCUGUAUUUUAUUUAUUUAUUUAUAUAUUUAUUUAUUUAUUUAUUUUCUGUAUUUGAUAAUGUGUUUUCUCUACAUUUGGUUCACACUAGUUAUUCUAUUUACUAUAGUAUUGUGAUUAAACUGGUUAGCACUAGUUAAUUGGUUAGCAUAUUCACUGUUUUUCAAUUCAGUUACAUUUAGCACCUUUACCAGUGGACAUUCUCACAAUGCUAAUCUGUAAUGCUAGUUAUAAACAGAUAUUUGCUAAGUAAAUUCUAGUAAGGAUGUCUCUGUCACCUGUUUUAGUACAAACCCAGUGAAGUCAAACCCAUAUUUAAUCAUGCUACAAAGCAUGAGGAAUUUGGUUAUCAUCCUUGUGUGUGUGUGUGUGUGUGUGUGUGUGUGUGUGUGUGAGUGUUAUCUGUGUAAUUGUGCAGAAUGAGUUUCUGUCAGGUCUGACACUGGGUGUGUUUAGGCAUCGAUAAGAUUCUGUAAAAACAAGGAAAAGGAAAUAAAAUGGCACCACAGAUUAGGCACUAGGACUGUGUGUGUGUGUGUGGUUAAUAUUUUUCCUAUUCUUAUUUUAGUCCAUCAAAGUUUCAUACACCUGUAAUCCGGUCACAUCAAGCUCCAUGUUUAAAUGGUCUCAUGUCACACAGUAUGUCUGUAUUUGAUUGGUCACUCAAUUCAAUUCAACAUUUGUAUUUCACUUAUAAUGAUGGACAUUGUCACAACGUAGUUUUACAGAAAUAUGUACAUUUAGGAUUCAUAAAUAUUAAAAUAAUAAACUUAACCCAAAUGUGAAAGCUGUAGGCAAUGUUGGUGUGGAAAAACUCUGACUUCUGGGAGGUUUAUUAGCUGCCUAAAGGGCGCUGUUUCUCUCCAUGUUGGCGGCGGGGUGGGCUUCGCCAUCACAGCUGUCAUUAAAGCACUGGUAACAUUCUGCACUACGCCUGCAUGCCCAAAUGUAUACAAGGGGAUCAUGGUUCUAACUUACACUAUAUUACCAAACAAAAGUAUUGGGACACCCCUCCAGAUCAUUGAGUUCAGGUGUUUUUCAGGGGUUGGGCUCGGCCCCUUGGUGAUGACUGGUGUGUGUGUGUGUGUGUUGGAAGGGGGUGGUUCAACCAGUGAGGUACAGGUAUUUAUUGUGGUUUGUGUGUUUCUUCAGUCCGUGCAGGUUGGACCACCCUGUAUUCCAGUACAGGCAUUCCGGCUCCACCUCAGUUGCUGCGACCAUUGACCAACUGUUGCCACUUCUGCCCCAAGAUGAUGUCAUCAUUGGGCAACAGUAUAAAGCCGUGACAGAAGCUAGUACCAACAGCUUCAAUUAGCUGGUUGUGUUUGUGCCCAUUUUUUGAUUGUCAUAACUCUAGUUUUGAACUUUAACUAUCCUGACUAUAAGCUUGAGCUAUGCCUUGUUUUUGUUCAGCUGCCUAGAUUUUUAUAUACUGUAGUCACAAGCACAAG